AUUCUUAACUAAAAACUAAAAAGUUCAGGUUAAUAAUUAUUUGAACAAAAAUAUAUACUAAAUAGUUAAUUAUUAACAUUUAACAUGAAAGUGAUUUAAAAAUUACAAACCGAGUUUUCUAAUUGUAAAAUCGAAGUCUGCUUUUAUAAUACACCACUAAAGUUAUAGUUUAAAAUUUAAAUGUCUAAAAACAAAUUUGUUCCACAAUAUUUUUGCGUUUGUGAUCAAUCUUACAACCGAAAACGUCAAUUACGCAAACAUAUCAGGCUUUGUGAAUAUGCCCAAAACCCUGGCAAAAAAUGUUUUUCGCAAUAUCCAGUUUCUAAAUGUGAACUCAUUUACAUAAAUGGUAAUCAAAACCCUAGUAACGUCCGGUCAACUAAACGAUUCAAAUGUGGGUGUGAAAAGAGUUUUCUGUCUAAAGGCGGUUAUUACAGACAUAUAAAAAAGUGUCAACUACGUCCUAAACAACAGGUUGUAACUGGCAAAACUAAAUGUAAUGAACCUGGAUGUUCAUUGACGUUUAAGUACAUAAGAGACUUUCGACAACAUUUAAAUGAGAAGCACCAAAUACAAUUUGAUGUUGAGGACAAAAAAUUUCAUACAUAUUCUGACUUUUUAAAUUGGAAAGUUAAUUAUGAAUCAGAAACUUGCAGUUGCUUUUACCAUCGUAAAAAUUUAACACGUAGUGGACGUAGAGUAGAAUAUUGGUAUUGCAACCGUUCAGGUAGUUACCAGAGUGCAUUACAAAGUCGAAGACGAAAGUUAAAAUCUCAAGGAAUUCUUAAAAUUAAUAAUAAUUGUACAUCUUCAAUAACUCUAACUAUAAAUAAAAUUGAUGGAACUGUUCAAGCUGUUAUACACCAUACACAUUAUGGACAUGAAGCUGAACUUAUACAUUUACGAAUCCCUAAAGGUGAUAAACAAGAAAUAGCUUCUAAAUUAUUACAAGGAGUUAAUAUUGAAGAUAUAUUGUCAUCAUUUAAAGAAGAUCGAUUAUCUAAACAAACUGAAAGAAAACAUUUAAUAAAACGAAGAGAUAUAUUAAACAUUUCAAAAAAGUAUAAUGUUAAUAUUAUAUUGCCAAAAGUGCAACUAUCAAAAAAUAAAACAAAUUAUGAACUGGUUCAAGAAGCAGUUGAACUUCCCGCUAUCGACUCGUUACCAAAUACGACAGAGGCUAAUAAAAGACAUUUUAUUUCUUCUCAACUUGCAUUAUCUUUUGUGAGCCAAAUUCAUGAAAAUGUUUGGAGAAUUUCUAUGGGAAAUGUUUUAGUUUCAACUUUUUCUUCAAAUAAUUUUAAUCAAGAAGUUUAUUUUGUCACUAAAAAUGACGUGGUAUCAUGUUCUGCUAAUAAUUGUUAUUCUUAUUGUAACUAUUGUAAUAUUUGUUACCAUACAUACUCUUGUACAUGCUCAGACUUUUUAUCAAAAAUAAUUAUUUGCGAACAUGUUCAUUUAACUGUAAUAUUUCAAGCAAACCCGGAAACUUAUCAAAAUGAAGAUCAUAGAGAAAUACGGUUACAUGGAAACCAAGAUCAUACAAAGUAUUCUCAAAAUUGCACAGAACCUCCUAAUUCACAACAAAAUAUUAAAAAUGGAAACCAAGAUCAUACAAUGUAUACUCAAAAUUGCACAGAACCUCCUAAUUCACAACAACCUAUAAAAAAUGGAAACCAAGAUCAUACAAAAUAUACUAAAAAAUGCACAGAGCAUCCUAAUUCACAACCUAUUAAUAGUGAAAACCAAGAUCAUACAAAAUAUACCCGAAAUUGCACAGAAUCUUCCAUUUCACAACAUUGUAUUAAAAAUGUUAAAUUAUGCGAUCACUCAAAAAAUAAUGACAUAUAUAAACUAAAUAUGAAAGCAGAAAACCUUAAAAGUGUAAAAACAAGAUUGAAAAAAUUGAUGAUGAAUACAUUACAAAAAAUUGAUGAAUGUAAUAACAGUGAUUUAUUAGAAAACUUGGAAAGACACAUUACUAAUAUAUCAUGUAAUUUAGGCAGAGAUUUAUUAGAAAAUACUACUAAAAAUAAGAAAUGAAGUACAAACUAUGUCACCAGAAAAAAAAUAUUGAAGUUUAUUAUGUUAUUUAAACUGUGUUUAAAAUGUUACAUGAAUAACUAUUGCAUCAAUAAGACUUGUAUCAUGUAAAUAACCAAUUUUUAAAUCCAUUAAAUUUAGUGUUAUUUAGAA